UUUUGCCUAAGCCUUCAAUCUCUUUCCCAUUUACACUUUUUCUUCUUACAAUCAUACCACAACCCAAGCUAAACUCACUUGCUAUAUUUGUUCUCUCUUUUGCUUCAAGCACACUAUCAAUACUCUUUCAUGGCUUCUUCUUCUUCAUAUUCUACUCUAAUGAAGUAUCAUGUUUUCUUGAGCUUCAGAGGUGAAGACACGCGCCUUAAUUUCACCACUCACUUACUUCAAGCUUUGGAAGACAAGGGACUUGAUGUUUCCUUCGAUGAAGAAAAACUGGAAAGGGGGGAGCAGCUUUCACAAGCACUUUCUCGAGCAAUUGCAGUCUCAAAUAUCUCAAUCAUCGUUUUGUCUGAAGACUAUGCCUCUUCGAAAUCAUGCUUGGUUGAACUCUCUGACAUCAUGGACCGCUAUCGCGUCGGACAACAAAUUGUUCGUCCCAUCUUUUACCAUGUUAACCCCUCUGAUGUGGAGAAUAUUGGUGGGAGUUUUAAGAAAUCCUUUGAUGAGCAUGAAACAAGGAGGUCAGUUGAUGAAGUGAAGCAAUGGAAAACUGCUUUUGCUGAAGUUGGUAAAUUAGAAGGGUGGCAUAUAGAUGGAAGCAUCUCGGAUAGACCUGAAACCCAGUCCAUCGAGGAUAUUGUUGCGUAUGUUAUGCAAAAGUUGAUGAAGCAUCAAGUUUUCUUAAGCUUAGGUGAAGACACACGCCUCAACUUCUCCAAUCACCUAGUCAAUGCUUUGGAAAAAGUAGGAAUUAAUGUCUUCCCCGAUAACGAAACACUGAAAAAAGGAGAGAAACUUCCACCAACAUAUUCUCGAGCAAUUUCGGCCUCAAAUCUCUCAAUUCUCGUUUUAUCUAAAGCCUAUGCUUCUUCAGAAUCACGCUUAGAUGAACUUUCUGACAUCAUGGAUCGCAAGCACAAUCCUACUGACAAACAUAUUGUUCUUCCCGUCUUUUACCAUGUUGAUCCUUCCGAUGUGCGAAAUAGUGGUGGGCAUUUUAAGACAUCCUUCGAAGAACAUGAAUCAGAGCAACCAGCUGAUAGAGUAGAACAAUGGAAAACUGCCUUUGCAGAGGUCGGUAAAUUAAAAGGUUGGCAUAUAGAAGGAGGCAAAUUUGACAGACCUGAAACCGCGUACAUUAAAGAUGUUGUUGAAGAUGUUAUAAAAAAGUUGACGAAUAUUGGGUUUGAAAGUGCUUCUGAAGAAUUGGUUGGAAUAGAAUAUCAGAAAAAUGCGAUUUUGAAGCUGAUUAAGCAAAAAGACUGUCGUGUAAUAGGACUUUGGGGAAUGGGUGGUCAAGGCAAAUCAACACUUGCUGAGGCUGUAUAUAAAAAACUCUCUUCAGAGUUUGAAAGUCAUUGGUAUCUUCAAAAUGUUAGAGAGGAAAUAAAAAAACAAGGGAAGGAAUCUUUACGAAAUGAAUUUCUUUCGAAAUUAUUGAAGUCAAAUGUUGAUAUAAGCACCCCCACCAUUGGACCCAGUUUUUCUCAAGAGAGACUCAACAUGAAGAAAGUACUUGUUGUCCUUGAUGAUGUUGAUGACUCAGACCAAAUAGUUUGUAUGGGUGUUAAACAUUUUGGUUAUGGAAGUAAAACCAUUAUAACAUCAAGAGAUAGACAAGUGCUUGAGAGUGGAGGAGCUGACACAAUACAUGAGGUGAAAGGGUUAAAUGAGAACGAUUCUCUUCAACUUUUUUCUACCUUUGCGUUUAAGCAGUUGAAUCCCGCAGUUGGCUUUCAAGAUCUAUCCCGUAGGUUUGUAAAGUACACUCAAGGCAAUCCACUUGCUCUUAAAGUUUUGGGUUCUGAUUUAAAUAAAAGAAGUAAGAAUUAUUGGGAAAGUAAGGUGGAGAAGCUAAAGGACUGUCCCCCAGAAAAGAAAAUUUCAGAGACUUUGAAAAGUAGUUAUGAUGGGCUAGAUUUGGUAGAGCAGAAUAUAUUUCUUGACAUCGCAUGCUUCUUUAAAGGGGAACCCUUAGAAAAAACAAAACUUUUUCUAAGUGGCUGUUAUAAGGGUGCAGAGUGUGGAAUAAAUAAAUUGGUUGACAAAUGCCUGAUCAAUGUCUCAUAUAAAGAGUUAUCUGAUUUUUAUUUUGGAUAUGAAAUUUCUAUGCAUGAUAUGCUUGAAGAGAUGGGAAAGGACAUUGUUUGUCAAGAAUCUAAAACCCUUGGUAAGUGCAGUAGACUAUGGAAUCCGAAACACGUGGAAAAAGUGCUCAAAUAUAAUAAAGGAACUGAUCGAAUUCAAGGAAUACAAGUAGACAUUUCACGUAUAAGUGACCUAUUAUUCCAACCUUCUGUUUUUGAAAGCAUGAUUAAUCUUAGAUAUACUGUCUUCUAUUUUCCUUGGUAUUUUUUGGAGGAAGAGGACGAGGAUUGUAAGAAGCUAUAUACAUACCAAGAUGAUAUUAUAUCUCUUCCGGAUGAGCUAAGGUAUCUUCGAUGGGAUUAUUACCCCUUCAAAUCUUUAUCAUCAAGUUUUAAUCCAAAGAACCUUGUUGCAUUGAAAUUACCAUAUGGAAAUAUGGAACAACUUUGGAACGAAGGUCAUCAGGAUCUUGUUCAUUUACGGAAAAUUAACCUUUUUAGAUGUAAAAAUUUAAAGAAGAUCCCUAAUUUAUUAGGAGCCGUCAACCUUGAAAAACUUGCCUGUGUAGAAUGCGAAAGUUUGGUUAAACUUCCUUCCCUCGCCCAUUUGACAUCACUUAGUCUCAAGAAGUUUCCGGAGAUCCCAAAUAACUUUUAUGAGUUAGAUUUAUCAGAAACCGGAAUAAAAGAAGUUCCUGAUUUCAUUGAGCAUCUCGACAGACUUCGAGAAUUGAACUUGACAAACUCAAUGGUAAAGAAAGUAUCAAGCAAUUUUUCAAAGUUGAAAUCCCUUAAUUAUCUAAAUCUUAGAGGUUGUCCAAUCGUCAAAUCCUUGUUUCCAACUGUUGAUAUGCCCUCACCAAGCUUGAAGUAUAUGCAUAUGGAUCGUUGCAGGAGCCUCAAUUUACUCUCAGAGCUUCCACCAUAUCUGACCUACUUGAAUGUAAAUGAUUGCACAUCAUUGGAAAAAGUUUCCUUUGCAGAUCAAAAUUUAUAUCAGUUUGGUUAUUUAGAUGCUGAUGAUGGUUAUUCUAACGAGUUUACCAUGCUAUUCUUUAAUUGCUUCAACUUGAAUCAAGAGUCAAUUAAUAACAUUGAGGCAAAUGCCAUGCUCAAAAUUAGAUCCCUAGCUAAGAAAUGGGCAGCGAGAUAUGAUUGGUUCAGGUUUUCUGUUUGGUUAGGUUUGUUUUGUUGUUUCCCUGGAAACAAAAUUUCAGCAAAUAAGUUCAAGUGUCAGAGCAUGAAUUCUUCCUUAAGUUUGAAGAUAGCCCCAAAUGGGGGUAGUGGGAGCAGAUUUUUGGUUUUUUCUAUCUGCCUUGUGCCUGAUCUCACUCACUGCUAUAGCUUUAGUCAUGUUGAAUGUUUUUGUGACUACCAACUUACAGUCGCCGAUGGUGGUUAUGAAAAGUUCGAAAGUACCAUACCUUUCUCGGCUGCUAGUAAGCCAGAGAAAUGCAUGGGUGAUCACGUGUUUAUUCUAUCUACCAUCGAAAUGGUUAAAAGAGACCAGAAUUAUGAGGAGGCAUCAUUUGAAUUCUAUAUCAGAAAUAGGUGGUACAAAGAAAAUUUUAUCAAGGUGAAGAGAUGUGGUGUUCAUGUAUCUUACGUUGAUGCAGAGAGUGAAACUGAUGCUAUAGAAAUGGUCAAAUGGACCAAAAGAAGCUUUAGACAUGACGGUGAAGAAGGGGAUGGAUGCCCUAAACGAUUGAAAUAGUUUUUAUUUCUUUUCAUCUUUGGCUCUGGUUUUCAGGAGUUACAGCUUCUCAAUUAUGUCAUCCAAACGCAUAGGAGUAGGUGUUUCCUAUUUGUUGUGAGAUUCGAUACUCAACAGAACUUGCAGAUUAUGGAUGGUUCUGAUAUCCUCUUUCUCACCAACAAAACAAGUUCCCAUGAAAUUUCUGGUAUUAAAGUCAAGUUUGUGACCAAUGCAAAAAAUUUUUAGCCAAUAAUGAGUUGGAGCUUCAGCCAUAUAAGGAGGAACACCUAAGCUGUAAGAGCUUCAAUUUCUUUUACUUGAUGCUUAUUUUAUUUAUUUGUUUGAACUGAUAUUUUGAGACAAUGCAAGUUGUCAACAUAUUUUCCUUUUUGAUUCUAUUCAUAUGAUGGUUCAACGCAAAAUUGAAGGAAUCUUUUGAAUACCUUUUCUGGGCUCUGGCAAUUCAGUCUUGGUGGAGAAGUAAGUUACCUUUGACUUAUUAUUAUGAUUUUAGGUUCAUCUAAUGCUUAUUUUUUCUAGAUUUAUCAAAGAAAUUCCGAGAGUUGCUCGUAUCUCAAAUCUUGUGGUAUGAACACAUGGAGCUGGAGGCAAGCGUUUGACGGCUAUCAUUCUCAAGUUGGAUUGGUGAGCUUAUGUUUAUCCCAUUGAGGAACCCAAGAAGAUACUGGAAAAAUAUUAAAUGAUUUGAGUUUAGUUUGAAGUGAAGAGCUGGUUCCAUGUUGACUCCAUAGGAUCUGUGGAGAACUUCAUUCAGCUUCAUUGAAAAGUAGAGAUUUAAUCAUCUGUCGCAGAUUAAGGCUGGGUUUGAUAUGAUAUCUUCUUUCUCACCAACAAAAGCAAGUUCCACUAAAUUUCUAGUGUUAAUGGAAUGAAGAUGUCAGUGAUUGGUUUAAGAAAAGCAGAUGAGGAAACAGAGUCAAGACGACAUUAAUGGCAGAUGAAUUUUCCCAGUUGAUAUCAUUCAACUUUGCUUCAAUGCUUUCUGGUUUUUGGAGCUUUGGAGAAGCCAUAUGCUCUUGCCCAUUUAGCCUUCCUGGUGUUGAUCUUAGCUGAACAUGUUAUGCGGUUGCAGUGUGAUGUUUGUGUCUUGAAACAAACGAUGCCAUUUUCCAUAACCAUUUGCUGCAUACAGUGAUUCUUCGUUGUGAAUUUACAGUCACUGUUUUGGGAGAAUGAUGUUAAGCGGGUGCCGGAAUUCCAGCAGUCGUAGAACGUGGCUGUGAUUCAGCUAUUAUACUGUGCUUGAAGCUUCCAACUAGAGCAUGACAGUUUCAUUGUGUAUCAAUUCAACCUCGGAUACUUUUGGGGACGUAUCCGAGCUAAUCGAUUGAUCCUUCAAGUGAAAGAUAUUGAUUUUCGUAAAUGUCUUGCCAAGGCAUAUCAGCCAAGGAUGGGGUGGAUCGGAUUUUAAUGUUCAUGGCAUUGUAUUUAUUGACAUUAUACAUUAUGUUGUAUUGUUGUUUUUUGUUUUACGUGUUGUUUGUAAGCUCCGACUCAAGUUAGCAGUUGAAGCCAUUGAGGCUUUAUUUUAAGGUUUACACUUUGUUUCCUUUAUUUUAUAUGAUCUUCAAACGAUGUUUAAUCAAAUUUAUUCCACUUGAUUGUAAA